AUGGACGGCCAACAAGACAAUGCUAUUCAACCAUUUGAUGAAGCAUGGUUUGAUGUGGCUAAUCCAUGUGGGAAAGAAUUUGAACUGCCAAAUGCCUCUUCUCCUAUCCACCCACGAUGGAGUGACAACAGCAACAACCUGGUUUUCUUGCAAGACCAGCAGCUUCAUACUCCAGAUAUACUUGAAAAUUCUUAUGAACUGGAGACAAUCAGAUCUUCUUGUGCUGGAAAUCAAGUGGAUUCUUGUCCAAUCAUGGAAAUGGGGCCUUCAAUAGCCAACUUUAAUCCAAUAGUCAAUCCACAAGAAGGUACUUCCAUAGGUAACCAUAAGGUCCACUUUCCUAGAUCAACUGGUGUACGUAAAUCUGAAUUUGAGGGUGCCUUUCCUGAGGUAAAUCAGCAUGUUUAUGCGCCCACCUCUGCUAGCUAUUCUUGGAAGGGAGUAGAUAUUAAUUUUCCUUUAAGAAAUCAAGAGUCUCAUUCUGUUAACUCUACCAAUUCACCAUCCAUUAGUUCAACCGAGUCCUUGUGUUUGAAAAACAAUCCAACCCAUGCUCCCAGAUUUCCUAAUACAUCUGGGUUUGGCCCAAGUGUCUACAUCCCUCCUAAUAAACAAUUAACUCACUUCCGUACUUCAUCAAAUGCAUUUCGAUUAAAUUCAGAUGAUUACAUCAUCAAUGAUCAUGUCUGCUCCGGAUUCCACUUUACUAUCCUUGGUCCAAUUUCUAGCUCUGGAUCCUCAUCUUCUUUUGGAUCAAGUGGCUGUCAUCCUGUGAGAAACCAGGAAAUCAGAUCUUCUAGCUUCACUGAUUCACCAUCCAUACAAAAUGGCUUGUCUGUUCGGUCGAAUCAAGUGGCUUACAAAUUUGGGGGUAGUGCAAAUGGGGACAUAACUCAUGGUCCAAGCCACCUUCAGGCUGUUAGCCAUGGUACAGGAAUUACAUCAAAUGUGCCCGUCCCAGUGGAAAACCAAGUAGAAACAUCAACCCGAGCUCCUCAGUCUAAUUGUCACGGUUCAGAAAAGAACCAAACUUUUGGUCCUAGCUCAUCGAAGAAUGGCCGCUGUGAUGUAAAAUACACAUGCAAGAUCUGUAAGAGAGAAUUCCCUAAUUAUAAUUCCUUAGGAGGGCAUAUGAGUUUUCAUGCAAAGAUGAAAAAGGCAAAGAGAAAAUUGGACAGCAAGUAA